AUGUUGAAUUUCUACUUUGCAGACCAUACCUGGGAAGUCAAAGCUAACAACAGGAGUUAUCACACUCAAAUCAAGGAACAUUUCUUCCUCUGCUUUAAGAAAAGGAAAUAUGCUGGCAAUGAAAUUAAGACUUCGAAAUACAACAUUAUUACCUUUCUACCUCGCAACCUGUUUGAACAGUUCCAGCGAAUUGCUAAUUUCUUCUACUUGCUUAUUUGUAUUCUCCAGGCUAUCCCUGCUAUUUCUACUCUGCCUUGGUAUACAACGAUGGUUCCUCUCUCGUUCGUUUUAGGAAUAACAGCCGUUAAAGAUCUCAUUGAUGACAUUGCACGUCACAAGAGCGACAAAGAGAUCAACGAUAGACCAUGCGAUGUUCUUGUUGGGAAAAGCUUCACAACUGCAAAAUGGAAAGAACUCCAAGUAGGUGAUGUGGUUUGCCUGAGGAAGGAUGACUUUGUUCCAGCUGACCUGUUCUUGCUGUCUAGUUCGGAGCCAAAUAGCCUGUGUUAUGUUGAAACAGCUGAAAUCGAUGGUGAAACCAACCUGAAAUACAGACAAGCACUAAGUGUUACACAUAAUGAAGUGAACACCGUGGACCAACUAGCACAGUUUGAUGGUAGAAUAAUCUGUGAAAAUCCAAACUGUGACCUGCACUCAUUUACAGGCACAUUAAUUUGGAAAGGAGAAGAAUUCUCACUUGACAAUGAACAAAUAUUACUCCGAGGUUGUAGAAUACGGAAUACAGACAAGUGCUAUGGGGUUGUUUUAUUUGCAGGGGUGGAUACAAAAAUAAUGAAGAACAGUGGGAGAUACAUCCUGAAGAAAACCAAAAUCGAGCGCCUCAUGAAUCGUGUGGUCCUUCUAAUCCUCUUGAUUCUUGCUGUUUUAUCAUUCUGCCUCGCAUUUGGAGGUGCCGUCUGGAAUGAGAAAUUUGGAAAGAAAGCUCCGUAUCUCAACACUGAUUCCAAAAAUUUCAGUCCUGGAUAUCAAGGCUUCCUGUCCUUUUGGGGCUACGUUAUUAUUUUAAACUCAAUAUUGCCAAUGUCACUUUAUGUUAUUUUUGAACUCCUUCAUGUGGUCCAGAGCUUUUACAUCAAUUGGGAUCUAAAGAUGUACUGUGCUGAGAGAGACAUUCCUGCCAAAGUAAGAACAACUACUCUGAAUGAAGAGCUUGGCCAAAUAAAGUACAUUUUUUCAGAUAAAACUGGAACUCUAACCCAAAACAUCAUGACCUUUAAGAAAUGCAGCAUCGGUGGACGAAUAUAUGGCAAUCAAUUCGAUGGUGUCAAAAACGCAAAGGUAGUUGAUUUUAGCUGGAAUGCAUUUGCUGAUGAAAAGCUGAAGUUUUAUGACUGCUCGCUGUUGGAACUGAUUCGUUCAGGAGAUGACCCAGGAGUUCAUGAAUUCUUUAAAUUAUUGGCAGUUUGUCACACAGUAAUGGUGGAGGCUAAAGAUGGUCAGCUUACUUACCAAGCUGCUUCUCCAGAUGAAGAAGCACUCGUUACUGCGGCAAGAAACUUUGGCUAUGUGUUUCUAUCACGCACACGGGACACAAUAACCAUUAGUGAGCUGGGAGUUCAGAGGACGUACACAGUGCUGGCAAUAUUGGACUUCAACAGCUGCCGAAAGAGGAUGUCUGUUAUCUUGGAAGACUCGGAAGGAAAGAUUAAACUGUAUUCCAAAGGAGCAGAUGCGGUGAUACAUCAAAGGCUUUGUCCAAACUGUCCCCACAAGGAGAGCACUCAAAUGGCACUUGAUUACUUCGCUGCGGAAACACUGCGGACAUUGUGCCUGGCAUACAAAGAAGUGGAGGAAAGCUACUUCAAAGACUGGAACCAAAGACACCAUAAAGCUAGCGUCAUUCUGCAGAAUCGUGGAAGGUUGCUCGAUGAGUUGUAUGAAGAAAUAGAAAGAGAUCUAGUGCUUAUCGGAGCCACUGCUAUUGAGGAUAAAUUGCAAGAUGGAGUCCCUGAAACUAUUCAGAACUUGAAGGAGGCAGAUAUUAAAAUCUGGGUACUGACUGGAGACAAGAAAGAAACGGCAGUUAAUAUCGGAUAUUCCUGUAAGUUACUCUCAGACCGAAUGGUGCUUUUUGAUGGGCAUGAUAUCAGCAAAGCCCUGGAGAAGUUACAGAAGAGCAACUACAUGCACAAAGAUAACAACAUUGCAACCAUUUCUGGGGCUAUAAGCAACAGUGAGCAACCUGACUUGCUCUCGUGUGACAACAAGGCACUAAUUAUCACGGGAAGCUUUUUGAACAAGUUCACAAAAGGCUUGAAGGAAUCAAAAAGGAAGAGGACAUCCUGCUGGAAGUUGAGAACUGCCGUUAACCCAAAAUCAAGAGUGGACAUUGACUGUGAAGAGGAGGCUCAUGAGAGAGCUUUUAUAGAGCUGGCCUGCCUGUGCAAGUCUGUCAUCUGCUGUCGUGUCACUCCCAAGCAGAAAGCCAUGAUGGUGCAGCUGGUCAAAAAGUACAAAAGUGCCACCACACUGGCCAUAGGGGAUGGAGCAAAUGAUGUUAACAUGCUGAAAACGGCGCAUAUCGGAGUUGGAAUCAGUGGACAAGAGGGCAUGCAGGCUGUUUUGUCCAGCGAUUACUCAAUCGCUCAGUUCCACUACCUUGAACGGCUCCUUCUGGUUCACGGACGAUGGUCUUACUUAAGGAUCUGCAAAUUCCUGAGAUAUUUCCUAUACAAGACGUUUGCAUUUUCCUUUGUCCAAAUCUGGUUUUCGUUCUUUAGUGGAUUUUCUGGUCUGUCUGCCUUUGAGAAGUGGUGCAUCUCUUUCUACAAAAUUGCCUACAGCUGGCUGCCUAUCCUCCUGGUGGGAGCACUCGAUCAGGAUAUAAGUGACAAUCUGAGUGUCAAGUGUCCGAAACGCUACAAAAUUGGACAACAGAAUGAACUGUUCAAUUACAGGAUCUUUUUAAUUACUCUAUUUCACGGCCUUCUCAGUUCAAUAGUUAUGUUUUUUAUACCAUAUGGAGCAUUCUUGGACAAUGUAGGGAAAGAUGGCAUAGCAGUCUCAGAUUACCAGUCUUUAUCAACAACUGUUGGCACUGUUGUGGUGCUAUCUGUUAAUGUAGAGGUUAUGUUGGAGAUUUCAUACUGGACAGUUCCCUCUGCUUUUUCUAUCAUCAUCAGUAUUGCACUGUACUUUUGCAUCACCUUUCUAACCCAAAGCGACUUCUUGACUCAAAUGAAACCAGAUGUGUUCCAGUUCCAUGGAGCAGCAUUAAAUAGCUUUAAACAGCCUUACGUCUGGCUCACCAUCCUACUAACUGUUGUUGCAAAUUUUAUCCCUUCUCUUAUGAUACGAUUAAUUUGGCGAAUCUUUUGCUCCAAAACUGCUGGAAGAGCUACUUAUGAAGACCUAAACAAAGGUCAGCCAACAUCAAAUAACAAGGCUACUCACUUCAGAAGAGGUUCGACACAACGGCGCUCAGCCUAUGCGUUUUCACAGGACAAAGGCUAUGCUGACCUCAUCACCUCAGGGUCAAGCAUCCGAAAGAAGAGGCCUGCUUCAGGUACAACGACAAACACAUCCUCCGAAAGUAUGCCUGAAGGAGAAACCGAUGUGGUGUAGGAGAGAUUCUGAAGUCUUCACUAAGAUGCCUUCACUAAGACAUUGGAAAAUGUUCUGACACUGUUUCAGGGACCAUUCUGGUAAAUAUCAAAAAGACUAGGAUUCUGACUGACUGAAGACUGUGCUAGGCCACAAUAAGAGUCAGUUUAGUUGUUGCAACUUGAAUGAAACAGAGUGCCUUUCUUCCUGAUCUGUUAGUGCCUGUUUAUAAUUUGGUCAAUUUCAAUCUAGUAAUGUGAUUCUUUGACUGUUAAUUUCUUGAAUUUGUUCAGUGGUGCAGGGGAAUUUUUGAUUGGAUUUCUUAUUUUUGGUUUCUGAAAGCCAAAGCCCAUUCAGGUUUCCAAAUGUAAAGAAAAUCAAUUUGUACAACUAGGCCACCAGAAUUAUGGUAUAUGUUGUUGUUCUAGCAGUGAUCUCUCUCUCUCUCUCUCUCUCUCUCUCUCUCACACACACACACACAACAUGCUUGGUACAUAAUGCAAACUACAGUAUCUGAGUAAGAGAGAAAAUGUAACUUAAUUCACUGGGUAGGGUGGAGUUCUGGCUUUUAUAUCCAGCUUAACAUUGCAGUUCACCGUCUUCAACAAGGAAUCAAAUUGGGUGGGUGUAAAACUGUCCUUGAAUCUGAUCCCUUUGGUUUCAUGAUGGGCAGGUUAAGUUAGAAUUACUUGUAAAUAUUUAAUUCUCAUUUAACGUUUAUCCUUCACCAGAUCAUCAAAACUCGUUUAACAUAACAAACACAAUGCUGCUAGACAAUUAAAUGUCAGAUAUAAAUCUAUUCCUCUCUAGCAGAGUAAUGUCCAAUAGAAAUCUCUGACUAAACAUGUAACCAUGGUGACAACAAUGAAGCAAUAUGACAUUCAAUACAAAGGAUGGCACAUAUUUAUUCAUUCAACUUAAAUAUACCAAAUUCAGUGAGAAAUUCUGUCAUCUUUCAGCAGAGUUUGGAAUAAUUGAACAGACACCACACUUAGCAUCCUAAAUUUUUAAUUAAUAAAUGUAAGUAACAGAUACCAUUAUUAAGUAUAAUAUCUCAAUAUUCAUGUUCUGAAUGGUAUUUGGACUUAAUCAGAGAGAUUGCUGGGAAUGUUGGCACACACAGUAAGAGGUCUUAGGCCUGUCCAUGCUCUGCAUUGCUGUAUUCACUUGCUGGCCUGGAACAAUUAUUCGAAUCAGUUGAGCUGAUCUCCUUGUCAACUCCCCUCUCUUUUUGAUAUUUCUGGUGUUUCCAUGGUGUUAUAGUUCCAUGGUUUCAUUUGACUCAAUUUUAGGAGACAACCAGUAACCAAGGAAGUAAAAGACACACAACAAUCAAUAAAUGCACACACUAUGCUGCUCAUAUCUUUUCACAAACAAAGGUAUGAAAAUGCUCAAAUGCACAUGCAUUCACUGUGUGAGCAUGAAUAUUGAAAUAUCAUGCUUCAUAAUAGUGUCUGUUACUUACUUUUAUUAAUUAAAAAUUCACUUAUUCUUAUCUGGAUUCUUGAUUAGAAACACAAGGCUAGUGACAAAAGUUUUGGACAACAUUUCACGAAAAUCAAAAAAGGUUGAAUGUAAUAGCUACAAUACCUAAAACAUAAAUGUUUAGAUAAUGCUUUCUAUCUAAGUUUCAGACAAUCACUUCCUGUAAUGUCUAGAAUUUAGCAUCAGGUAAUCACUUACUAUAAUAUCUAGAGUUUAUUCAGAUAUAAAUAUGUAUUAGGUUGCCAGGAAUCAGAGAUUCAUUCCCUCCCAGUGUCCCUCUAAUCAUUUGAUUGUUAAUAGUAUGCAUUUCAUUCAAAUUGGUUCAGAAUUUGUCACAAAAAUUGAUGUUCAGGAUUGCUGUUUGCACAUGCAUGUAUGGUUUUAUAUCAGAAAUUCAAGUAACCCAAAUUGGACCACUUAUGGUCACUUCAAGACUGAAGUUCAAUUCCACACUAUUGGUAUGGUGUUCAUUUUUGUACCAUAGCAUUCAUUUUGUCAAUUAUAAUAUGGUUAAAAUAAUCUGUUAAACAUUCCAAAAUAUUUAGUAUUUCCUGAAGGAACCACGUGUGAAAUAAUGAGUCGAAGCUUGAACAUGGACUCUUGGCGAUUUAUACGCCUCAAGUGCCAUCCAUUAGAAAGCUUCAGUAAUGGAUUUACGCGAAUGUAAAUCCAAAUCAAUUUUUUUUAUUAUUAUUGAACCCAAGGUUAAAAAAGAAAAACAAAAGCAUGAUAUGCCAUGGAUAUCUUUGUAGUGUUCCUAGCGUUUCAUUGUUCUGCAGCCUGGAUGAAUCUUGUCUUCCAAAGAAAAUCAUAUAGCCUGCAGUCAGCCUUAAAUGGUGCUACCUUAUAGGGACCGAAAAGGAAAAUGAUCUUUCUCUCUCAUUUGCGUAAAGCAAGUUUAGGAACGGACUCUCCCCUAAUUCCCAGAACUAAAGUGCCUCUCCAUGAUCUGGUCGCUACAGGUCUCAAUUAUUUGACCAAUUUAAACAUUCUUAUCCUCAAGUUCAAAACAUUUCAUUUGUUUCAGAAAUCACAAAAUCAUAUCUGGUUGCAAGCUGAACUUGUCUCUGGAAUCAGUUCGAUUUUCAUCUCCACUAUCCUCCAUUCCAGACAUGCUCAAACCAUGUAUCUGCAGAUUGGAGUUUGGGUUGUGAAAUGCUUUAUUGUUGACUUUUAUGCAGUAUUUUACUUGAAAGAAAAAAAGUCUGAACACUGUUUUAUUUUUAAAUAAUGCCAUUAUAAUUCAUUACACAGAGGCUAUAUUUACAUCCAUUGUAUUUUUGAUAUUUUUAUAUUCAAACUGUUUAUUCAUCAACCGAUUUUACAGUAAAUGGGCAAUGAAUAAAUAGACUACUGCAACUGAUAACAAAUCCAUAUCAGACAUAGAUUGGAGACCUGUUUGGAUGAAGCGUGUAUUUUGUCUGGAAGUAGAUUAUCACUGUGAAAAAUCCUUGACAAAUUUGCUACAGUAAUUGUGAACAGCACUGUUCUUAUGCAAACACUCUGAAAUUUUACCAGAUUUUUCUGCAAUGUAUUUCCUUAAAAGCAAUAAUCAGUAUAAGAACAGCGCUGACUGUAAUUUCCACUUACGUAUCUAUGUAUAUGAAAACAAAUUGUAAUGAGACAUUACAUUGUGAAAUUGCUCACUUGAGUAAAUUGUGUUCUAUUAAAUAAAU